GACAAGAAAUUGGCAGUUCAAAAGCGUAUUUGUGAUGACACCAAACACGCAAAUCUCCUGUCUCCAUCUCUCAUCUCCUCUAUAUAUAGAUAUAUACGUGCACCUAUAGAGAGAGAGAGAUGGCGGCAAAGGGUGGCGGCGGACAUGGCGGCGGGGGAGGAGCUGGAGGGAGCAGGGCGGGAAGAUCGUACGCGAUGGUGUUGAUGGUGGCGUUUGGGGCAGCCAUUGUUGGGGUUAUGAUCCUUUACAAGUUCAGAGAGAGGCGCAUCUUCAACCUUGUCCUUCGGGACAAAGACACUCAGCUCCUCUCCCUUCACCUCCUUUUGCAGAAGGAGAAAGAGAAUGCAAAAGAUGCUAAAAGGCAAAUGGACGAUCUGAAAGCGAAAAUGCACAAGCUUCGGGGUAAGAAGGCGGACCUUGAAGCCAGAAUCAUGGAGAUGGAGUCCACCAUUUCUUCCCUCAGAGAAGAGCAGAAGACGAUCUCGUCUUCGCUCAAGGAGAAGAAGAAGGAGAUCAAGGUGCUGAUGGACUACAAGCGAGGGCAGAACCGAGAAACUGCCCGGCUCAUGGCCCUGUCCCAGGAGCUUCAGAAGAAGGCAGCAGAGAUCGAAGAGCUGAGGCUGCGCGUCGACUUGCCGCCGCCGGCAGUCAAGGUCUGGUCAGUCAGUUCUGACGACCCGUCAAGCCUGCCGGCCAAUUUCACCACCAAAGCCGCCAGACAAGAAGAAGAGGUCAGGAAAGAAAACGGCCGCGGCAAAAGUGCAGAAAUUUCAUCACAGAUGCACAGUCAGAAUGAGACUGCUGAGUCGCAACAGGUUUCUGAAAACGGGGGCACCACUUUGGUAGGCGGAGGAGGCGAUCAGUCAAGAAAUGGGGUUGAGUAUGAAAGCACGGGAAGAAGAGUUCGAAGGAUGGGGAGGAGGAGGAGGAUAAAUGAUGGUAACAGAGAUGCUGCUUCUUCUUCUGAUACUGCUCUGAAAUCUGAAAAUGGAGUUGAAAGUGUGAGAAGCGGGAAAUCACUGCCAGAAAGUGAACGAAAACGGGGGAGCAAUGAACUUGGUCUUGACGAAACAAACGGGGAGAUGUACGGAAGAGAAAAGAAUGGUAGAAGCAAUGUGCAGAAGAAGUUACCUGCCAAUUCAAGAGCUGUUGAUGACAGCAAAUUACUGAACAAACCUGAAAAUUAGAAGCCAGAAGAGAGAACCAACAUCACAAGGGAAAACAAAGGUCAGAGGCCCGAAACUUCAAGCAUUAUUAUUAUUACUGAAAAGAAGGUAGAAGAAGAAGAUGGUUAGGAAACAUUAAAGGAAGCAGAAACCUCUAGCCAGUCAGCCUUGGGUGCAGAUGACAUCUUUAUGUCACUACCAAAUAAUAAAUGCUUUAACUCAUG